AUUUUAGCUUGUUGUGAUCCUUGUGAAUCAGCUCUCUUACAGUUGGGUCACACCUCAAAAUGUAGUGCAUCGUGCCGCCAGUGCAAACUUGCAAAAAAACAGCUCAAUCUUAUCCUCAACACCCCCCAUGGCGUGUAAGAACUCAUUGCAGUCUAAGAUGGCCUCCUUUAUUUUUUCCUUGGUCUCCUCUUUGUGCUCUCAGCUCAGCAACUGCAGAGGGAAGUGAAUUCCAGGAGCCAUUCCAUUGAAAAUUGAAACUAUUAACUUUGAUAGUAACUUUAAGGGUAAAAGUUAAUAGCUCGUGAGGAUACGGGCCCAGAAUUGGUCCUCAUAUAGAAUCAAGGGUACUGCUUUGAGAUCUAAACAAACAUGGCAGAGACAGCGACAUUCAGAGGGGUAACGGGUAUAAAGUUCAUGCAUCAUAUAUAUUUCUUUAUUAUUUUUCUACAUCAUAAGUCUUGUUGUUGUAAUAUUGUAGUACAUUUUUAAAAUAUAUAAGGAAGUGAACACAUAUGUAAAGUAAGAAUGUGGUUAAUCUUAGGGAGCACCACUCCAAACCAAUAUUCGUAGUAAUCUAGCACGUGAAAGAAUUAUUAUAAUGCAUUUUUGUAUACGUUUUAUCGUGGGGAGGGGACGGGGGCAAGCCUCGUUAACUAUUAAGCUGGGUGGCAGAUCAAGACGGGUGAGGCGAACACCAAGACGUGUGCCUCACAGGGGGUCGGGUUUUAAAGGCGACUCCUCACACUCAUUGUAAAUACUUGUAAGACUGUAUAAUAUGCUUAAAACUCAACUCACGUUUUUAUAACCAGAGAGAAAGAGAGAAAAGACAGAUGUGAAGGCAAUCCGCUCGGCCAUAUCUACAUCACUUCCAAUUCACAACUUAUGGCGAGAGAGGCACCUAGUGGAGCCCUGGAGGCUGCCCAGGCUGUCCAGGUGGCUUUGGAAACUCCUCCUACCGUUACUAUGGAAGAGCUCCGGCCCCAGCCAGACCAAGAUUCCACCAUCGUGGGCAGACUGCAGCCCAUCUCGGAACCGAGCUUGAAGGCUGAGGACCUCCGCAGCUUGACACAGCCUACCAGGAGCCUGCUGCAGGCUGGCCGGGUGUUUGCUGUGCACCAGGUGGAAGGUCAGCGCCGACAUGCAAGAAUAAGCCUUGACGCCGAAGACGAGCGACUGUACCUCCACGCCCUGAAGGAACAUACCCUGCCACUGGGUGCCGCAACCCUGCAGGUCAGCGAGAUCGUGCCACCCUCCCCCCCCUGCAUGGUGUUCCUGGACCUGUCCUGGCCAGGCUGUGCACCGCGCCGGGUCCACAUCCAUCUGAGUCCCAACACCCCGCGGGGCCGGCAGUUCAUGCUGCUGUGCACGGGGCAGUGUGGCCCCUCCUACCGCGACACCAGGUUGUUCGAGGUGUGGACCGAUGGGAAGAUGAGAGGGUGUGUGUGGGGUGGGGACUACGAGAGUAAUGAUGGUGAUGGGCCAUCUGUUCUGGUGCCUGAACUUGGUGUGAGUGAGUACCAGAGGUCAUGCUGUGCGGGGGAUGUGUUUAUGGACCCAGAUGCUUGGGGACGGGAUGACCAGUUGGAGUUUGGUCAUUUUGGCAUCCUCACCAGGGACUGGGUGGGUUGUGUUGCAUGGCCUCUUGUCUACGGCAAAGUGGUGGAGGGACUGCACGUGGUGGCUGAGGCAGCUCAACACAGCGACAUAACGGAGGUGACUGUGGUGGACUGUGGCGUGGUGUUGUAGAUUUAUCCAACCUCUUCUUGAAUGUGCCUAUAGUAUUGGUACACACAACAUGACUGCCAAGCCUGUUCCAUUCAUUCAUCACUCUAUUGGUGAACAAAUUCUUGCCUAUGUCUUUGUUGAAUCUGAAUUUGUCUAACUUAAACCGUUGCUACGUGUCUUA